UAUGUAGCACUUCUGCAUUGAACCGAACUAAAAACAACAACACUAGCAAGAAAACCACUGAUAAACCAACCACUGAUAAACCUUUUUGUUUUUUUUUGUUUCGAUGCUCUCUGUCGCGAAACGGUUUCAGCUUCGGCCCCUGACGACGCCGUUUCUCGGGCAGCUCCGGUACGCCCGAACGCGGCCAAAGUCGCCGCCGGUGGCGCUGAGGAAGACGGAGGAGCGGUCGGAGUGGUGGGCGGUGGACGGCGAAAUGCACGAGAUCGGCGAUCACGUGCCGCUACGUGAGCGCUUCGUGAUCCCCCGAGAAAACAUCCCCAACAAGCGCCGCAAGCAGCUUAGAGAACAAUUCAUGCGCCGAACACGCCUCGUUCUUAAGGAAUCCGAGCAUGAUCCUUGGUGUAAAAGGUACAUGGAACUGUAUAAUGAACUUAGAGAAAAUUGGGAGAGGCUUUAUUGGGAUGAGGGUUACUCCAAAAAGCUUGCUCAGGAUCAUGCGAACUAUGAGUCUGCUGAAGAUGAUGAUAGGGAUUUCUCCCCAUACAGGAGUAGAAGACCUCAGCCUCAGAUGGAGUAUAGUAAGGACCAGGCUUUUGGAAGAAACAGACAACCUGAUAACUUGGAGAAAGUUAGCGUUCUUCGGGAUAAAUUUGAGUAUGACCGAGAGAGAAGAAUGAGAGAAAAAGGAACACGGACUUUGAAGUACAACAAGGACUUUGUGGACCAAUGACAAAGGCAAGCGCUAAGAAAGCCAAUGAAGCUCGAAUUGGUUCAAAUUCACAUAUGGAAGAAUUGAAGCCCAAAUUGGUCAACUACUUAAUUCAAUUUGAGGAAUAAAGAUGAUGGGUGGACUGAUUUACAAGACAAGACCCAUUUUCUAUUUUUGCUUUGCAUUUUUAUUUAUUCCAGUAUAAUAGUUUCAUAUGGAUCUUGAUGAGUUUUGGGUCAGUUUUUUUAAUUUAUUCCUAUGUAAUAGUGUUCAGUGGGGCUUUUAUUCUGGUGGAUAGUGGGAAUUAGUUCCUAUUGGAUAUUUAAUUUAGUGGGAAUUAAUUAUCCACUAGAAUAAAACCCCACUAACUAUUAUAAUGGCUCAUGAAGCCUGUAAAACAAAAACUGACCCAAAACAUACCAAAAGUCAUGAAAUAAUAACAUACAAAAUUUCAAAGGAAAAAUAGAAAAUGGGCUGUCUUUCAAAUCAGUCCAUCCAUCAUCUUUAUUCCUCAAGUUUAAUUAAGUAGUUGACCAAUUUGGACUUCAAUUCUUCUAUAUGUGAAUUUGAACCAAUGUGGAUUUAUUUGCUUUCUUAGUACUUGUCCUUGUCAUUGGUCUACCAAGUCCUAGUAGCACAUUAAGGUCCCAGUUCCUUGGUUGAUGCUCACCAGUGUAGCCUUUAUUUUUAAUUUAAGAGAAGCUGGUCAAUAUGAGAAAAAAUCAUCUCUAUGAAUAUGCUUAAAUCUGUCUUUCUUGAUAUUCUAAUUUUCAAUAGCAUUUUAGAGGCCAAAAAUAGUUUGCUAUAGAAUUCUUUUUCUGAAACAAUCAUAUCAUCUGUGCUUCAAAUUUUGUACUGGAGGAGCAAUUUAAGUGAAUACCACUAUCUAAUAGAUUCUUAUGUUUGUACAUAGCAGUGAUGUCAGUAUGUUUUACAAACCUAUUUCACCCUGGUAGAUGCUGUAAAUCCUCAGUCAUCAAAAUUUAAAUCUAGCAAUUGGUAACGAAGAAAUUAUUCUUUCAAAUCACGUAUUUAACUAUCGCUAGAAAUGAAGCAAACUAUCUUCUGCUUAAGUUGCAAAUUUUGUUCUGUUGGUUGUUAGAUUCAAUUUUGUCAGUACUUUUUCUCUUUAUAUAUAAAA